AUGGCAAACGGCGAAGGUGAUGAUGUGAAUAAUGAUCCGAAGACUCCAACUUCGUCCCCCAUCACUGCUGCUCUUUCUGAUGUGUCCUUUCCUGCUCCACGCCAUCCAGCCUUCUCACUCAACAACAUCAAGAAUCACGUGUACGAGAUUCUUGAUUUUUCCAACUACUUAAUUUGGCGAGAACUUUUCAUUCCGGUUCUUAAAGGGCAUCAAGUUUUUGGCUUUGUUGAUGGUACAACUCCUUGUCCUCCUCUUGGUGAUCCUGACUAUUCUCAAUGGGUUCAGAUUGAUUCUCUCGUCCUCUCUUGGAUUCAAGACACUCUCUCCCGUGAGAUUCUGCGUAAUAUUAUCACUCCGGGUACUUCUCUUACUGCUCAAUCUGCUUGGCAAAAUAUUGAAAAGAUUCUUCGUGAUCAUGUUGAGUCUAGAAUUGUUCAUCUUCAUCAGGAAUUUUAUCAUUGUGAAAAGGGUGAUCUCUCUAUGUCUGCUUUCUUAGAUCGCCUGAAAGAAUUGUAUGAUUGUUUGGUCUCUACUGGUGAUUCUAUAACCUAUCGUGAUGUUGUCAUGCAAGUUGUUAUGGGAUUGGGUCCUGAGUAUAAUGCAGCCACUUCACAAAUUUCCGCUCAAAAGCCACUGCCGACUUUUGAUGAGUGUCGAUCGUGGCUUCUGCUUGAGGAAGCCAAAUUGGUGAAACAACAUCAGAGAGCCACGUUGGGUUCGGCUUCUUCCCAAGUCCUUGUUGCGCAGGUGGUUUCUUCGCCGAAUGUUGCAUCUAUUCCUUCUCAUGCUGCCUAUGCCGCAACUCCUUUCCAGUCUUCUUCGUCAUCUGGAGGACGACGUGGAGGUGGUCAUCGUGGAGGAGGCCAUCGUGGAGGUGGUCGUGCAGGAUGGCAGCAACCGGGCUUUCGUCCGAAUCCUCCUGCUUCUUCGAUUCUUGGUGCACCUCCCCCUUAUGGGAGUCCCGCGCCUGCACUUCCUCAAUUCCCGCAUUCUGUCCAAUGCUACAACUGCCGAG